AUGAGUAGCGUUCGACUUAGUUUCGUAUCAGUGGGACGGAUUGCGGUAAGGAGAAAUUCUCAGUUCACAUCGGUAGCGUCAGGUGUCCACACAUGUCGCGCCAUCCGUCGUUCUUGUGGUCGCAGCAUCAGCACCAGUGUCUGUCUGAGGAAGAGCACCGGGGAACUGCCGCCGACACACAACAAGGAUGGGAAUACAUCCGGUACAUCGGGUAAGAAAGGCGGUAGCGGAGUCCUAACAUGUCCUAAGUGCGGGGACCCCUGUACUCACGUCGAGACGUUCGUCAGUUCGACACGUUUCGUCAAGUGUGACAAGUGCCACCACUUUUUCGUGGUCCUCAGUGAAGUGGACACCAAGAAGAGCAUCAAGGACAACACUGAGAACAAGUCCGGAUUCUACAGGAAACCUCCUCCUCCACCAAAGAAGAUCUUCGAAUAUCUGAACAAGCACGUGGUGGGUCAGGAGUACGCCAAGAAGGUUCUGUCAGUGGCCGUGUACAAUCACUACAAGCGUAUAUACAACAACGUGACGAGCGGGGCGCCCGCCGAUGGACAACACCCGCUACAUCACACGCACAGAGAUCUGCUUCACGUGAACCAAGGGCAGGCGCCGGGCGCGGGGGGCGGGGCGGAGGUGUUGGAGAGAAACAACCACGAACUGAGGCUUGAUAAGAGCAAUGUACUACUGUUGGGACCGACAGGCAGCGGUAAGACGCUCCUCGCCCAGACCAUCGCGCAGUGCCUGGACGUCCCGUUCGCCAUCUGUGACUGCACCACGCUCACUCAGGCCGGCUACGUGGGCGAGGACAUCGAGAGCGUCAUCGCUAAACUACUGCAGGACGCUAACUUCAAUGUUGAACGAGCACAGACGGGUAUAGUGUUCCUGGACGAGGUCGACAAGAUAGGAGCCGUGCCCGGCAUACACCAGCUGAGAGAUGUUGGAGGCGAGGGUGUCCAGCAGGGUAUGUUAAAGAUGUUGGAGGGCGCGUUGGUGUCCGUCCCUGAGAGGAACUCACGCAAGCUGAGAGGAGACGCUGUGCAGGUCGACACAACCAAUAUACUGUUCGUGGCGAGCGGCGCUUAUAACGGACUCGACAGACUGAUCCAGCGUCGUAACAACGAGAAGUACCUCGGUUUCGGUGCGUGGGACCCUCGGUCGGGUCGCCGCGCCGCGCUGGCCGCCGCCGCCGCCGACGCCUCGCCCCUAGACAGCGCCACGGACGAGGCGGGCGAGAGGGACCACUGGCUGCGGGCCGUGCAGGCCAGGGACCUUAUAGACUUCGGGAUGAUACCGGAGUUCGUGGGUCGUUUCCCGGUGCUGGUUCCCUUCCACAGUCUGAACCAAGAUCUGUUAGUGAGGAUACUCACGGAACCCAAGAACGCUAUUGUGGCUCAAUACAAGUUGUUGUUCGCGAUGGACAAGUGCGAGCUGUCGUUCAGCGACGAAGCCUUACGGGCGGUGGCCGCGCUCGCUAUGGAGAGGAAAACCGGCGCCCGAGGACUACGGGCUAUUAUGGAGAACCUGUUACUGGAGGUGAUGUUCGAGAUCCCCGGGUCAGACAUCACGUGUGUACACAUACACGAGGGCUGCGUGCAGCGAGCGGAGCCGCCCACUGUGAGGAGGAGGGAGAGGGAGAGGCAACCCUGGAGCUCGGAAUGUGUGAGACCUGUUGAAUGGCCUCGCUCUAAAAACGAAUACUCAAUGAGAAUACAUGAGAUGAAGUCGGAUGCUGAGUCUGAGAGCCACUCGUGUGCUCUGUGA